AUGAAACAGGAAGUAGCUCGAGCUCACAAUGGCACCGAUGAGUGUAAGAAACCACCUAAAGAGGGUGUUUAUGUGCAUGGACUCUAUUUGGAUGGUGCCGGUUGGGAUCGUAAGACCUCACGAUUAAUUGAAUCAACUAAUAAAGUGUUGUAUGUUUUAAUGCCGGUUGUUCAUAUAUCGGCCAUAAAUUCCACCGCUCCCAAGAGUCCCAAGUUGUAUACGUGCCCUGUUUAUAAGAAAAUAAAUCGUACUGAUCUAAAUUAUAUAUCACCUUUAUGGUUAAAUACUGUUAAAAACCCUGAUCAUUGGAUUGUACGAGGUGUGGCCUUACUGUGUGAUAUUAAAUAGAAAUUGAUUGGAA